AGUUCCCUCAUGCAUGCAAUGUCCCGAUCCGAUCGCGUCUGACCUUUUAUUUUUUAAACACAAAACCCACGGACGGUCGUGAUUUGCCCAGCAUGGGAGAUCAGAGAGAGCCGACAAUGGUGCAGAAAUCCACUUCGUUUAGCAUCAAGAGCCUGCUCCUUCCGUCGAGGUGUGACAAAGCGGGCGCGGGGCUCGCGGAAAGAAACUGUGGCCCUUCAGGGUCCGACUCGGAGAAGUCUCUGGACCCCACGGAGAUGGAGGCUGCGCCCUUCGGACAGGAGAGCGCCGCGAAGGACAAGGAGAAGGAGGAGGAGGACGAGGAGGAGGCGGCGGCGGCGGCGGCGGGCAGCGAGCGCGCCGCCGAGCCCAAGAACGGCAAGUACGACAAGCCGCCGUUCAGCUACAACGCGCUCAUCAUGAUGGCCAUCCGGCAGAGCCCCGAGAAGAGGCUCACGCUCAACGGCAUCUACGAGUUCAUCAUGAAGAACUUCCCCUACUACCGCGAGCACAAGCAGGGCUGGCAGAACUCGAUCCGCCACAACCUGAGCCUCAAUAAGUGCUUCGUGAAGGUGCCGCGGCACUACGACGACCCGGGCAAGGGCAACUACUGGAUGCUGGACCCGUCGAGCGACGACGUCUUCAUCGGUGGAACUACGGGCAAGCUGCGGAGGCGCUCGGCCACCUCCAGGGGCAAGCUGGCCAUGAAGAGGGGGCUGCGCUUCGCGCCGCUCGGGCUGGGAUUGAACGAGCGCGCGAGCAACCCCCUGUACUGGCAGAUCUCGCCCUUCCUGUCCUUGCACCACCCGCACUAUAACGGAUCUUCGCCCGGAUUUCUGAACCAGGGCCACGCGUACGGAUCGCUGCUUUCCGGAGUGGAGCACUUGGGGAACGGGGAGCUCGGGCGGCCCAUGCUGGGGGGGUCCAGCGGCGGGAUCGGCUUGGCCAACAGCUACGGCGUGAGCACGUCCCCCGUCGGGCUCCUGUCGGGACAGCCGGGUUACUUCGUGUCAGGCGCGCAGCACGCGCAGCCGAUGCAGCAGGCGGCCGUUGGGUUCGGGGUUCCCUCCAGUUCGCCGCAGAGCCUCAUCUCGGAAUCGCUGAGAACAACGUUGCCUUCCUUCACGCCGGCCGUCUCGAGCGGAUUCUCGGGGGUGCUCUCCCACCAAAAGAGGGUGACGUCCAGUUCGUUCCUAAACUGA